AGUUUACGGAAAAUAUGGCGACAUGAUCGGGCUGAUUUUGUUGCUGACCAGACCACAACAAUUAAUUCAGCAAAUUAAAAAUAUAUUCGUUUAAACAGCUUACACAUUUCCGUUUUAAGGUACCUGUUGUUUUCGUGCAGUCCCAGUCAUCUUUAAUGGCAGGCGUCAUGGAAUCAGAGGAGCAGGCAAGGAACCGCUUUCAAUCAGAGCUGGAGUUCAUCCAAUGCUUGGCCAAUCCGAAUUAUCUGAACUUUCUGGCUCAGAGGGGUUACCUGAGAGAAAAACCCUUUGUGAACUACCUGAAGUACCUACUGUACUGGAAGGAGCCUGAAUAUGCCAAAUUCCUGAACAAAGAGGCACGGAGUUUGACGGUAGGCCCUGAAAGACAUCCACAGGUGUCCUUUUUUUGCGAGGCAUUGGAUAUCAUCCCUGGUCUUUGGUUGAAUCUGAAUUAAUUACUCGACUGAGGAACCUUACAAAUAAUUUUAUGUGUGGGGUACAGAGAAGAGAUACCCCCACUGCCUGCACAUGCUGGAGCUGCUUCAGUACGAGCACUUCAGGAAGGAGCUUGUGAAUGCACAAUGUGCCAAGUUCAUCGAUGAGCAGCAAUUACUGCACUGGCAGCACUAUUCCCGGAAACGCACCCGUCUGCAGCAGGCUCUGGCAGAGCAACAACAGCAGCAACAGCUGCCUCAUGGCAAUGCUACUGCUAAAUGAGAGAGAGAGAGAGAGAAUCUGUGGCAUAAAAAAACAGGAUGAUUGAACUUGAAUGGACAUGGACUCAAAUGUCAAUUCAGCCUCCUGGAAAUGUGUGUGAUAUGGAUCAUGGCGAUGUCUCUCUUUGCUCUUAUUUAUGUUUCUGACUUUGUAUAAUAAAAAUAACUUUUGG